GCCAGGCAGUGGCAGUCGGGGGCGGGGUCGCGGCUCAGCCGCCGGAAGCGGGGAGGUGCCGGGGGCGGGGGGGGAACGUCGCGUCACCGCGCCGGGUCUGUAGCAGCUACCGCUGAGCCGCCGGAGGGACGCCCGCCAUGGCCGAGAGCGACUGGGACACGGUGACCGUGCUGCGCAAGAAGGGCCCUACGGCCGCCCAGGCCAAGUCCAAGCAGGCUAUCUUAGCAGCACAGAGACGAGGAGAGGAUGUAGAAACUUCCAAGAAAUGGGCUGCUGGCCAGAACAAACAGCAUUCUAUCACCAAGAACACAGCCAAGCUGGACCGGGAGACGGAGGAGCUGCACCAUGACAGGGUGACCCUGGAGGUGGGCAAAGUGAUCCAGCAGGGUCGGCAGAGCAAGGGACUCACGCAGAAGGACCUGGCCACGAAAAUCAAUGAGAAGCCACAGGUGAUUGCGGACUAUGAGAGUGGACGGGCCAUCCCCAAUAACCAGGUGCUGGGCAAAAUCGAGCGGGCCAUCGGCCUCAAGCUUCGGGGGAAGGACAUUGGAAAGCCCAUCGAGAAGGGGCCUAGGGCGAAAUGAACACAAAGCCUCGAAAUCAGUGUGCUCCAGCUGAUCUCGUCUGGGUUCCCCUUGGCUGCCAGCACCGCCGUGGGGCUCCUCACGGGCCGAGCGGAACAAGGGGUCCAGCUUGUGGAGGCCUCCCCAGCCCAUUCCUGCUGUCAAACAAACAAAACCUUGCAAAGCG